AUGGAGAAAUUCCUCAAGCACGGUGGGUCGGUCAGAAUUCUGCCGUCCCAAACACGGCCCUCCUCCUCGUUCUCUUCGUCCCGCUCCGCGUCUCCACAGCUUCCUCCUCUGGCCGGCUUGCCAACUGUGACUUCGUCUACCUCUCACGGAACACAGCCGAUUCCCUUUCCUAGCGCUGCAGUUCAGCGAGUUCCUCUGGGCCCAUUUCCUGACGUCCACAUUCAGAACACUCCACCUUCUCGGUCCGACUCUGAGGUUUACUUGCCUCGUCUCACUUGGGAGCCCUUCGACACUACCAAGAUCACCUACAUCCCCGGCCACGAUACUUGGGCUACCAAUAGUCCAACUGGUCCCGUCGAUCUUGGUGUUGCUCCCUCGUCUCCUGGCCUUCUUAAGCAGGCCUUUGAUAGUGCCUCUGGAUUUCCACUCGCUUGGGGCACUGAUCUCUUCACCGAGGGCCCCAACAUGAGUGUCAUCCUCUGUACAGCGGGGUAUGACCAUACCAUCCGCUUCUGGGAGGCACUUUCGGGAAUCUGCUCCAGGACCAUCCAGCACCCUGAUUCCCAGGUCAAUCGGCUGUGCAUCACCCCCGACAAGAGAUACUUGGCUGUCGCGGGUCACCACAAUGUGAAGCUCUACGAUGCCAAGUCCAGCAACCCGCAGCCCCUGAUGACCUUUGAGGGGCACACCAAUAAUGUGACCGGGGUUGCUUUUCACUGUGAGGGCAAGUGGAUGGUGACCAGCUCCGAGGACUGCUCGAUCAAGGUCUGGGACGUCCGCAGCGGCGGCCUUCAGCGCGACUACCGGCACGACUUCCCGGUCAACGACGUGGUCAUCCACCCCAAUCAGGCGGAACUGAUCAGCGGUGAUCGUGGUGGCAUGGUUCGCGUGUGGGAUCUGGGUGAGAGCAAGUGUAUUCACGAGCUCGAGCCCGAGGAAAACAGCUCGGUGACCAGUGUCAGCGUGGCCAGCGACGCAACCUUGUUAUGUGCUGGAACCAAAAAGGGAAAUGUCUACCUCUGGCGGAUGGUCCAAACUGAGGAAAAAGGCCUCAUUAUCCCCGUCGCUACUUUCUCGGCCCAUCACGACUACCUCAAUCGCGUCCUCCUGUCUCCCGAUGUCAAGCACCUGGCCACCUGCUCCGCGGACCACACUGCCAAGGUGUGGAAACCUCGAUCCCGACUACCCCCGGCCAAGGCUGCUCUCCAGGAGUGGAAUGAAAACCAGGAGCGACAGGCCCAAAUCGAGUCAACGGAGAAGCAGAAUGAGGCCGAUCCCCUUGAAGCUAAGAGCCAGGGGCACGACCUACUACGCAUCUUCGACCAGGACCGCCACCUUUUGCGCUUGAUUGGCAAAGACCCCCGCGAGGAAACUCCUCAGCAAAAAUUCCCCGCGCAACCGGAUGGACCCCCCAUGGACCCGGUGAACAAGACUCUUUUCCUCGAAACCACCCUUUCGGGUCAUCAGCGAUGGGUCUGGGACUGCGCUUUCUCCGCCGACUCCGCUUACCUAGUGACCGUGUCCAGCGACCAUUACGCUCGCCUGUGGGAGCUCAGCACCGGCACCAUCAUCCGCCAGUACAGUGGUCACCACCGCGGUGCCGUUUGCGUGGCGCUGAACGACUACUCCGAGCCUCGUUGA